AGCCCCCUUUGUCUCCACUCAAGACUGAACCAACCAACCAACCAAGCAGCCUCCUUUGUCUCUCUCUGUGGCGGCGGCGGCCGGCGGCGAGGCGAUGAGGGCGGUCACCGGCGCCAUCGUCUCCUCCAAGCCGUGCUCGCUCCUCAAGGCCAAGGUCAUCCUCGACGGAUUCCACAAGAGCUCCGCCUCCAACCUCCCCUCCUCCGACGCAGGCACAUACCUCCGCACCGCCGCCGACGCCGUCGACGAGCUCCGCGAGUUCCGCCGCGACCUACUCAGGGCCCAGCACCACCACCAGCACGAGGUCAAGGUGAAGGUGGAUGUGGAGGAGGAUCUUGUUCACAGCCCUUGUGCCGCUGCCGCCAGUGAGAGGAAGCGGAGGAGCAAGGAAGAGAGGCGUGUCGUCAAGCAGGAGCAAGAUGUCCCUUUGAUCCAACUCCAACAGGAGGAGGCGGCGGCGGUGGUGUCCAAAGUAGGGAUCAGUUUGGUUCCCAGGAAGAAUAAGAAGAAGAAGGAGGAGGAGAAAGACAUCACCAUCAUCAAGCAGGAGGCAGAGGAGGAGGAGGAGGAGCCGGAGCAGCACAAUAAGAAGCGGAAGCAUGCCGCACAAGAGUUGGUCGAGGUGAAGAAAGAAGAAGCUGAUUUCAUCGAUGCCGAUUUGGGGAGCGACAAGAAGAAGAAGAAGAAGAAGAAAAACAAGAGGAGCAGAGAUGGCGACGACGUCCAAGAAGAAGCAGAGCAUACCAAGAAAAAGCAGCGCAAGUAGUAAUAAUACUCUCUGGGAGGGAGGUUAGUUUAGGCCUUGGAACAAGAACCCAUACUGCCUACUUGCAAAUGUGUCAUGAGGAGGAAGAUAUUUUCAAUGAUUUAGAAGAAUCGGUGAGGUUGAUUUAGCUGUCUGUCGCAUUUUAGGCUUUAUUAUUCUAGUACAAUUGGAGGCUGUUAAAGACAGGCCACUCUGGUGGACUCUGUUUUGUCUUGUGGCACCUCAUCAUUAUGCAAUGCCAUUGUCUUGUUGCAAUGAAAUUUACACUUUUGCUGUCCCCUGAAA